GGUUGGUCAGAUUGACGGGGACCUGGCUUGGAGCAGACUCCCCCCGAGCCAAUGGUUACUCUGAAUAUUGGGGGUCAACAGACUACCUUUUUAGUAGACACAGGGGCUGGGCGGUCGGUGAUAAACAACCCAAUAACUACCCCUGGUCCAUACCAGAUUCAAGUACAAGGAGUGUCUGGACAAGUUGUAGGACGUCAAGUCUUAAAACCAGUCACCUGUACUUUUAAGGGGUCCGAAAUUCAACAUGAGUUCCUGUAUAUACCUGAAUGUCCUGUCCCAUUGUUAGGAAGGGAUUUGUUGAGCAAGCUGGGAGCUACUAUUUCCUUUGAUGAGGGAAAGCAGUAUCUCACUGUUAGCCACCGGCCGGAUGAAAUGUGGAGGUUGAUGGUGGUUAGGACUUCUGAGGAAGAAUGUUUGGACGUAUGGAGGGAAUUUGAUGUACCAGGACUAUGGGCUGAGGAUAACCCUCCGGGGUUUGCAGCACAUCACCCCCCUAUUAUUGUGGAAUUGAAGCCCCUGGCAACUCCUGUUCACAUUGGGCAACAACGACCCUAUUGGAGGGAAGCCAUCCUAUCAAUAUACGACUGUAUUCUAACAUACUUAGAUGCUGGAGUGUUGGUCCCUAUUCAAUCCCCAUGGAACACCCCAAUUCUGCCUAUCCUAAAACCAGACGGGUCUUUCAGACCAGUGCAAGAUUUGCGUGUGGUUAAUGAUAGGACAGUCACAAUUCACCCGUCUGUAUCUAAUCCAUAUACUCUACUCAGUCUCAUCCCACCUAAUGCUACAUGGUUUUCAGUGAUUGAUUUAAAAGAUGCCUUCUUUACUAUCCCCAUCCAUCCCGUUAGCCAGCCAUUGUUUGCUUUUGAAUGGGAAAAUCCGUAUACUGGAACCAGGAGCCAAUAUACCUGGACAAGGUUACCUCAGGGGUUCAAAAAUUCCCCAACUCUCUUCGGAACCGCGUUGGCCAAGGAUUUACAAUAUUUUAUCCCCUUCCAACAAGGAGAUUCGGUUUUACAAUAUGUGGAUGAUGUGCUGGUUACUGGACAGUCACGGGACGGUUGUUGGGAGAAUACGAGACGUAUGUUGUGUUUGUUGUUAGAUUGUGGAUAUCGGGCGUCCAGAAGUAAGGCUCAGUUAGUCCAACAAAAAGUCCGUUAUUUAGGCUAUGAUAUAAUGCAAGGGCAAAGAGCACUAGGCCCGGAGAGAAAGCAAGCGUUGCUUAAUCUGGCAAGGCCAACCGAUAGGAGACAAUUGAGAGGCUUUCUAGGCUUGGCAGGUUUUUGUAGAAUUUGGAUUCCAAAUUACGCACUAAUGGCAGCUCCACUGUAUUCGUCUACCAAGGGAAGUAAAACAGACCCCUUUAUUUGGACAAAGGAGCAGGAUCAGGCCUUUGAUGCAAUUAAGGAGGCUCUGUUAAGAGCUCCGGCCUUGGCCCUGCCAAAUCUGAGUAAGUCCUUCAAUUUGUAUGUGGAUACGCGUAAGAAUGUUGCUUUAGGAGUAUUGACUCAGCAGCUCGGCCAGUGGCAACAACCGGUUGCAUAUCUGUCAAAACAGCUAGAUGCUGUGGCGCAAGGGUGGCCGCAUUGUUUGAAAGCUUUAGCUGCCAUUGCGGAAUUGCUGCAAGAUUGUAAUAAACUCACUUUUUCCUGUCCAAUUAGGGUCCACACCCCACACUCUGUUCAAGCAAUUCUUGAUCAGAAGGGCCAUUUGUGGAUUAGUAACCAACGAAUCAUCAAAUACCAAGCCAUGAUGAUUGAAAACCCCCAGGUUCAUCUAGUGGUUUCUACCUCAUUAAAUCCUGCUACUCUCUUGCCUACAGAAACAGAGGUGGAGCAUGAUUGUGUACAAGUGUUGGAAACCGUUUAUUCCACACGACCCGAUUUAACUGACAUACCUUUGCCUCAGGUGGAUUAUAACUGGUAUACCGAUGGGUCUAGUUAUAUACACCAAGGGAUGAGAGUUGCAGGCUAUGCCAUCGUAGAUGAUGAGGGGGUAAUUGAAAGUGGACCGUUGGGAGCAGGAAAAAGUGCACAAAUAGCAGAAUUGUGGGCCCUCAUUCGGGCAUUGGAACGGGCUGAAGGUGAACGCUUGAAUGUAUGGACAGAUAGUAAAUACGCCUUUUUGACUUUGCAUGCUCAUGGGGCGGUGUACAAGGAAAGGGGCUUUAGGGAUUCAGCUGGCAAAUAUAUACAACAUAGCCAUUUAAUUCAGAGAUUGAUAAAUGCGGUUCAAAAACCAAAAAAGGUGGCAGUUAUGCAUUGUAGAGGUCAUCAACGGGGUGAUGAUAGAAUUGUUGUAGGGAACAGGACAGCAGACGCUGAAGCACGAGCUGCAGCAUUGCGUCAUGAGCCUCUACCAGACAUGUAUAUUAAUGUUGCCUUGGAUUUAGGGGUUAUACCAGUAGACAUCCAACCCUCUUAUUCUUUAUCUGAAUGUGAUAAGGCAGUCAACGAUUUGAUGGCGGUCAUCGAUAAGGGCUGGUAUGUUCUUCCGGAUGGAAGAAUAUAUGUGCCUUCUACAGUGGCAUGGCAAUUGGUUCGUUCCACUCAUGAAACCACCCAUAUGGGGAAAACAGCUUUGGAAUCCGCCCUUAUGAGGGAUUACUAUAUAGAUGGGUUAGCAGGGAUGGCGGUAAAAGUCGCAUCUUCCUGUGAAACGUGUGCUAAAGUUAAUCCUAGGCAAGGUCCUUCCCUUCCACCAGGAACUAUACCUAUUGCCUACUAUCCUAUGGACACAGUCAUGAUUGACUUUACUGAUAUGCCACGAAGUGGGUUUUAUCGGGCUAUGUUAGUUAUUGUGGAUUUAUACACGGGAUGGCCAGAGGUGUUCCCUACUAGAACCAAAAAGGCUCAGGAAGUAGCAAAGGUCUUACUUAAGGAAAUCAUUCCUCGAUUUGGCAACCCCUCCUUUAUUUCAUCAGACAAUGGCCCGGAGUUUGUCCAUCAUAUUAAUCGAGCCAUUGCACAAGCUAUAGGGGUAAAAUGGCGCUUCCAUUCUUCUUUCCACCCACAAUCUGGUUCUCCCGUGGAAAGGAUGAAUAGAACUUUAAAGGAAAAGAUAACCAAAAUUUGUGCUGAAACACACUUGAAGUGGCCCGAUGCUUUGCCCCUUGCAUUGUAUGCAAUUAGGAGUGCUCCCAGACGACAACAUAGACUCUCCCCAUAUGAGUUGAUGUUUGGUCGGCCUCCGACGUUGUUGCGACGUAAUUUGGCUGGAUGGCCUGAUUUGGGGCAUAAGGGGGGAGUUUGGGCCAUGGAAAUGGUGCAGGAACUGAAUAAACAGGUUGAAAAGUUGAGGAAUUAUGUAUUAGAACAGACCCCUCCCAGAUUGGUAACCAGAUGUCAUUCCUUCAAACCAGGGGACCGAGUAUGGGUAAAACAUUGGAAAAAGGAACAAUUAGAAGGGAGGUGGAAGGGACCUUAUGAGGUAAUUAUGACAUCUCCACUUGCUGUUAAGAUUGCGGAAUCUAAAACCUGGAUACAUUGGACUCGUGUAAAGAGGGCCGCUGACAAACAAUGGACCACACAUCCCAGCGACCAACCGUUGAAGUUGAAAUUGAUUCGUCAAUAA